AUGACGGCGCCUUCGACGAUCAAGCAGCGGUUCCUCUCCCAGCCGAACGAGCUGGGAGUUGUGGCUGUUGGCUUUUCUGGCGGCCAGGUAAGACCCCCUCCUCCUCCUCCUCCUCCUCCUCCUCUCCUCCCUCAGUGCAAACAAGGCGUGGAAGCAGCGCCCAUGGCCCUGAUCGAAUCGGGCCUGCUCGACCAGGUGCGCGAGGACCUUGGCUAUGACGUACACUAUGACAACGCCGUCCACGACUAUGCGGACAAGAUACCCGCAAACGACCCCGAUCACAGAGGCAUGAAGAAGCCGCGGGCCGUGAGCGCAGUCACCGAGACGCUGAGCCAGCAGGUUUACGAUCAUGCCAAGCAGGGCAAGAUGGUGCUGACGCUGGGCGGCGACCACUCGAUUGCCAUUGGGACUAUCUCGGGCACAGCCAAGGCGAUCCGCGAGCGUCUGGGCCGCGAGAUUGCGGUGAUUUGGGUUGAUGCACAUGCAGACAUAAACCUUCCUGAAGACAGUCCCAGUGGCAAUAUCCACGGGAUGCCUGUGGCGUUCCUGACGGGGCUUGCCAAGGAGGAGAAGAAGGAUAUCUUUGGAUGGCUGCAACAGGAGCAUCUGUUGAGUGUCAGCAAGCUGGUGUACAUUGGCCUGCGCGAUGUCGACCGGGGAGAGAAGCGGAUCCUGCGCGAGCAUGGCAUCAAGGCGUUUAGCAUGCACGACAUUGACCGACACGGCAUCGGCCGCGUGGUCGAAAUGGCGCUCGCUCACAUUGGCAACGACACCCCGAUCCAUCUGUCGUUUGACGUUGACGCGCUCGAUCCGCAGUGGGCGCCUAGCACAGGCACGCCCGUUCGAGGAGGGCUGACGCUGCGCGAGGGCGAUUUCAUUGCAGAGUGCGUGCACGAGACCGGUAAUCUGAUCGCAAUGGAUCUGGUCGAGGUGAAUCCGAGCCUGGAGACGACCGGGGCCGGCGACACGAUUCGCACGGGUUGCUCGCUGGUGCGCAGUGCGCUGGGGGAUACUUUGCUGUAA